AAAAACCAAAACGUUUGCCUUUCACAUUCCCAACCCAACUCAGUGAUUCAUCAUCAAAGUUUAUAAAUAAAAUCCAAACUUACAUUUUAUUCCGCAAAACAACAAUGGCAGACUCUUCUUCUUCUUCAACUCCAACAAUAGUUCAAAAAAAAAAACUCCAACAAUAGUAAGUUUAAAGCUUCUAAUCGACGUCAAGUCCAAGAAAGUUCUAUUUGCUGAAGCCAGCAAAGAAUUUGUUGACUUCCUGUUUCAUAUCCUUUCACUACCAAUCGGUACUGUAAUCAAGCUUCUUCGAAAGAACUCAAUGGUGGGCUCACUUGGUAACCUCUAUGACAGCAUAGAGAACUUAAGCAAUACAUAUAUGCAGCCAAAUCAAAGCAAAGAUGCUGUUUUGAACCCCAGGAUAGCAAACUUUGGGGCUCAUGUCCCACUUUUAUUACCUAAUGAAGACGGUUCGGUGGAUAGGAAGUUCUACAGGUGCGCUAGUUAUAGUAGUGGUCAUGUCACUAUAACUGAUGAUCCUAAUGCAUUGUGUCCUCAUUGCCACCAACGCAUGAACACUGUGAUGACCUUUGUGGCUGGUAAUGGUGCGGCUAAAGUGGCGGGAGAGGGUGGUGGUUUUGUGAAGGGGGUUGUGACAUACAUGGUAAUGGAUGAUUUGGUGGUUAAGCCCAUGUCCACCAUAUCUAGUAUUACUAUGUUGAACCAGUUUAAUGUGAAGGAAGUUGGUGUUCUUGAGGAGAAGGUGGUAUCUUUGGAAAUGAAAGAGGGUCUGAUGUUGCUGAAGGCCUCAUUGCAGUGCAAGAAUGUGCUUACCAGUGUGUUCCUGUCUUAAAGGUGCUGUUCUGCAUGAAUGGAGUUGGUGUUUUGUUUCUAAAGUCAGUAUGUUAUGUUGGUUUGAAGGAAAUGUUUUGCUUCUUUCUUGAGUAUUGUUCUUCAUUCUGAAUUUAUCUAUUAAUAAUUAAUGCUU